CGCAUCCUAGCCGUUUCCACCAGCAGCUCUACCAUGUCUGCAUCUUCGUCGUCCGUAGGGCAGGCUGAGAUCUUGCCCCUGGUUCCUUGUACGGAGUGCGGCGGCAGAGUGUACUCCUGGAUUGCUCCAUCUGGAGUGAACGCUGGUCGUCGAAUGUACAAGUGUGUGAAUAAGGAGAUUUGUGGAUACAUGAGAUCAUCAGAUGAGUACCGUGCGCAGCUGAUCGGUAGCCAGCUUCUUGCAGAUCAGGCUGCCCCCGUGCAUAUACAGCAGGCAGCCCCAGCCCCCGCGUCGUCCGUUCGGGCGAUUCGGGAGGCGACUAGGGUUCCCACCUAGCGCCGCCACCCCCCGCCUCCUCCCCCCUCGUCGCCACCCGAGGAGGCCGCCAGCAAGCCUGCGCGGUCGCCGGUGAAGGUGGCGGCGAGGCCCUGCUCGCUCCGUUCCUG